UAUCCAUAGAUGGUGAAGUUUCUUAAGCCCGGAAAGGUUGUAAUCAUUCUCGCUGGUAAAUAUGCCGGAAAGAAGGCCGUUGUUGUGAAGGUGAACGAGGAUGGAGACAACAAGUACAAGUUCCCUUACGCUGUCGUGUGCGGUGUUUCUAGACCUCCUCGUAAAGUGCUUACGAAGAUGUCGGAGAAGACCGUGAAGAGAAGAACCUCUAUGAAGGUGUUCACCAAGGUCAUGAAUCUCCAGCACUUCAUGCCUACGAGAUACAACGUCGAGUUUGACUUCGCCGAUCUUCCCAAGGAGAAUGCUGAGCCUGCUGAAAAGAAGACCUGCCUCAAGAAGAUUGCCAAGACCUUCCAGGAGUCUUACCUUAACCAGAACGACAUCAAGAAAGAGAGAGCCAAGGCUGGAGUUGCCUAUCUCUUCAAGAAGCUGCACUUCUAAGCGGAUUCGCAGGCUUGCAUGACGCGGGUUUUCUUUCUUUGAGUAU